UGACCAAAUACUAGACCCACUUAACUAGGCCUAGUACUAUAGCACCAUAAAUGUGGCCAAUUUACUACUUACUACUUUCCCGGUUUAAUGAGUAAAUUAAUUAGGCAUAGCCUUUGUGACCCCAUAUCCUAUCUUUUCCUCCUUCCAGUGAGAAUCCAGUCUUUUCUUGAAUGCUGCUACAGUGUUGGCAUCCACUACUGCCUGUGGAAGGGAAUUCCAGAUGUUUAUCACUCUUUGGUCCUACAGAUUUACGUCACUGGCCCUGAAAAAAUCCCCACAAUGAACGUCAUCAGGAGUGCAAUUUUGAGAGGACGUUGCAUCUCUCCUAGUCUGUCUCAACGCAGCCUCUUGAAGUGGCAGCAGAGCCAUUCCCCAAUUCUGUGUGCUGGAUUGACCACCGUUCACAACACAAGUGAUCACACUGAGACAGUGCAGGAUGCUUCAGGCUUCUUUUCUGAAAUGACGGCUCAAGGGAAACACUUAGAAAUAACUUGGAAGGACAGCACACUUAGUCGGUAUUACAGUUUAUGGUUGCGGAAAAAUUGUCACUGCCCAGCCUGUCGCCAUGACAAUGGGCAGUUGCUGUUGCCAAGCUAUUCCUUGCCUGCCUCGCUUACGGUCCGAUCGACUAAGGUGCAUCCCUUGAGUGGCACCCUGCACAUUGAGUGGAACGAGGAGUCCCAUGAAACCGUUCUUCCCUUGCCCUGGCUGAAAGACAACAGCUACUCCCGACAAUCUCUCCAGGAAACCUCCCGGAAACAAGACGUUGCUGUGUUCAAGGGUCCUAUCAAGGAGCACAAGUUUCAUGAUCUGCUCACAGAAACAGACGAUGUCAAUAGAUUCUUGAGAGAUUUGAAUGAGGAUGGAAUUGCACUUGUCAAAGAAGUGCCUUGUGAAGUAGGCCAUAUCUGCAAGGUUGCAGAGCUGGUAGCUCCCGUCCAGGAAACACUGUAUGGAAAGACUUUCACUGUGGAGGCAACGGAGGAUGCAAUCAACGUGGCCUACACACCUGUUGCUCUGGAGUUGCAUAUGGAUCUGGUGUACUUCCAGUCGCCACCAGGAUUGCAGCUGCUCCAUUGCUUGAAGUUUGACGAGCAGGUUACAGGUGGUGAAAGCCUCUUCUUGGAUGUGAUGCACGUGGCUCAAGAGAUGCAACGGCUUCAUUCAGACAUGUUCGCUACACUGACACGAGUUCCUGCAACUUUUCAGAAAAUUCAUUUUGAGAGGAAGACACCAGCUGCCUUCAUCUACCACCGUCCACAUAUCACAGUUACUCCAGAUGGAAAGAUUUCCUCUGUGAUUUGGGCCCCGCCAUUUGAAGGCCCUCUCAAGGUUCCAGAGGAUGACGUGGAACCGUAUUAUGAGGCAUACAGGAAAUUUUCUGAAUUAAUAAACACAUCAAAGCUUAAGGUCUCUCACAGAUUGCGGCCUGGAGAGUGUUUUGUCUUCAACAAUCUGCGCAUCCUCCAUGCGAGACAUGCAUUUGCUCUCAACGGAGGUAGGCGACAUCUCGAGGGAUGUUACGUAAACAUUGACGAUUUCAAGAGUCGAGUGCAGGUCAUGCAUAUGCAGACUGGUUCUGGAGAAAUUGUGAAGAGAGUAAAUAAUGGAGACUAUACAUAGUUAAAUCCAAAGAAAAAAAGUCCAGCUAUAGC